AUGGACGACUUCAACAGCGAGACCGACAGUGACUACACAAGUUACUGGAGAGACUGGGUAAGUCGCAACCUUUUCAUUCAACUUUGCGCGCGGCGCGCUCGCUUCCCUGGAUGGUACAGCACAUCUUCGAGAUGUCUCAAGAAGGAGAAGGGGAGUGGAGGACGACUUGCUGGAGUGUUACUUGGUGAUGCGAUGGAAUUCUGUGCUCUGGCGCCUCUGCGGACGACCCCGCACCCAUCCACCAAGUCAUUCGAAGCAACGCAUACGAGGCACGUACGCACAGAGGGGACAGAACACCAGAAGGGCAUCGUGAUUGAUGCCAAGGAUCUCCGUCAAGAUCAUCCGCUCGCCUUUUGGUGGAACAGCGGAAGACUGCAGGUUCCCAAGCUUCGCAAGCUACUUUGGUCAUGUUUCCCUAAUCUCACGAGGAGACUGCAUCCCAUACUGUUAUCGAUGGACUCUCCACCGCCAAGAGAAUGGUUUCCAGGCAAUGCUGAGGCGUGUGAUUCAUUGUCACAUCAGCAUCUCCCCCAGCUUGGCUCCAUGUUGCCACAUCCUCUGCGGAACAUUGGGAACUUGGCAUCCAAAUUUCACCGCACGUUCAUUUCCUCGCGGGGUAACGAGUACUUUUGCGAAAUUGAUGAGGAUUACCUUACGGAUCGCUUUAACCUCACGGGCCUGAAUACCGAGGUGCAAUAUUACCAGUAUGCGCUGGACUUGGUGACAGACGUUUUUGAUCUGGAUUGUGACGAUGAGAUGCGGGAGACGAUUGAGAAGUCUGCGAGGCAUCUAUAUGGACUUGUCCACGCCAGAUAUAUUGUCACCACACGAGGCUUAGCAAAGAUGCUUGACAAGUACAAGAAGGCGGAAUUUGGCAAAUGCCCCCGAGUUAUGUGCAAAUCACAUCCCCUGUUACCAAUGGGACAAGCAGACAACCCCAAUCUCAAGGCAGUAAAGCUCUAUUGCGCGCGGUGCGAAGACAUCUACAACCCAAAAUCCUCACGGCAUUCGGUCAUAGAUGGUGCCUAUUUCGGAACGUCCUUCCAUAACAUCAUAUUCCAAGUGUACCCAGCUCUCAUCCCAACAAAGAGUAGUGAAAGAUAUGUUCCACGGAUAUACGGCUUCAAAGUCCACGCCCCAGCCACGUUGAUACGAUGGCAAAGUUCCGAGAAAGAUGAUAUGCGGAAACGAUUAAGGAAACUUGAGAUCGAUAGUGGGUUUAAGGACGACGAGGAAGAUGUUGAGGCGGAAGAUUCCGAGGAGGAAGAGGAAGAAGAGGUCGAUAUGGAUGUCAUAGAAAAUGGGGCAAUUGAAGGGGGAGAAUUGAAGGUCUAG